ACUUAGACUUGUCAUCUCUAAUCACUUAUCAUUUUCUCCCAAACAAAAAAUGUUAGCAAUCUAGGUAUUACAAAUUCCUUACUUAUGAAAUUUGUGCAAUUAAUCUAAAGAGCAGAAUCAGGUUUUAAAUACAAGGUAAGGAACCAUGGAGGCGGUCCCGAAAUUACCUUUGAUCAGUUUUGAAUUGAAAGUUAGCCCCGAGAAUACUCAUUUUGGACCUAAACUAAAGCAGUAUAUAGCAGAAGCGUAUAGAGAAGAUCCAGAUAGCUAUGGAACCGAAAUCCAUCAAUUGGAAGGCUUGCGUUCGGCCGCCGUGAGAGCAACUAUUGACGCAGCAGGUCUUAGUUCCCUGAACCGAUAUUUUUGUCAGUUGAGGGCAAUGCAGAGUCGAUUCCCAAUGGCAAAAGGUCAACCAGUCGCCUGCAGCUUUGCUUGGAAGGACCUUUAUGCUAAUAUGAGUUGCACUUUAGCUGACAUUAGGUUUGAAAUGGCAAGCAUUUUAUACAACAUUGGUGCACUCCAUACCCAGUUGGGUGCAGCUGAGUCUCGCACCACACCUGAUAGUCUAAAAGCAGCCUGCACCCACUAUCAGCAGGCUGCUUGGGCAUUCAACCACCUGAAAGAACAGUUCCCGCAGCCACCCGGUGCUGAUGUGUCAUGUGAAAUACUUUCCCUUUUACAAGAAAUAUGCUUUGCUCAGGCCCAGGAAUGUAUUUUAAAUAAAAGUAUUCAGGAUACCAGAAAACAUAGUGUUAUUGGUGCCGUAGCGACUCAAGUAUUAUUAUUUUACAAGAACUCUUUGGCUCAUCUUGGACCAUCGACUGGCACGGACAAUAUUCAUGAGAUAAUUGGCACCAAGCUUUACAACUACUGGCAUCGCUACCUGUCAUUCAAAGCAGCGUACAUUGGCUGUGUUGUUUGUUUAUAUCAAGGAUUGAAUGCAGAAGAACAACAGAAGUUUGGAGAAAGAGUGGCUUAUUACCAACAUUCGGUAGACAAACUUGCAGAGGCAAGGAAACUGGCAAAAUACAUAGAACCAGUGCAAGUGACUCAAGAAGUGUUGACAUUUACUAACGAUGUUGUUGAGGGGAAGAGAAAGGCUGCUAAGAAUGAAAAUGAAUUUAUUUAUCAUGAGGAAGUGCCGGAAAAAGAUUUAUUGAUGGAUUUAAAGCCAGCUUGUCUUGUGAAAGCUGUACCCAUUAAUUUUAAUGAUCCCGAGAUCUCAGGUGUGGAUAUAUUCAAUCGGCUGGUACCAAUGGGUGCGCAUGAAGCGGCCUCGCUGUACUCCGAGGAGAAGGCCAAGCUGCUCCGGCUGGUUGCCGGGCAGGUAGAUGCCAAGAAUACUGAACUGACAGAGUUCAUGUCCUCUCUGCAAAUCGAUCAGCUGGAAGUACUGGAUUCCGAUCAGAAGAUACCUCAAGAGAUAGUAGACAGAUGUGCGGCAAUGAAUGCGAAGACGGAGAUCAUUCAGUCUUUAGUUGACUCUAUGAACAACUUGGCUGAAGUGAUCAGCGAUGUGGAACAUUCAUUAUCUGAAAUCAAGGGACUUAUUCAAGAGGAAACAUUAAAAGAAAAGGAAUACCAGAAGGUGAUGGGCCCGCGCCCGCCCUCCAUAGUGCAGACGGAGAUCUCGCGCGAGUUCCACAAGUACCAGGAGGCGCACACGCGCACCAACGAGAGCAACCAGGUGCUGCACAAGGCCAUGACGCUGCACAUCGCCAACCUGCGCCUGCUGGCGCAGCCGCUGGACCUGCUGCAGGCCAAGAUACCGACGAUCGACAAUAUUGAGGGUCUAGACCGUGAAACUAUGAAGGAGAUGGUCCGCGUGGUGGGCAAGGCGCGCGAGAUGCAGGCGCAGCGCGACGCGCUCGUGCAGCAGCUGCGCGCCGCGCUCGCCGCCGAUGACGUCACCGCCAAGCUGCUCGCGCGCAACGACGCCGCCGACGACAUCUUCCGUGAGGAGAUUGAGAAGCACGCGCCAAAGGUGAAAAUAAUAGAACAGAACUUAGCAGCGCAGGAGAACAUAAUCAACAAGCUGACGACGCUGUACGCGACGUACGCGGAGUCGCGGCGCCUGCUCGCUGACGUGCUGCGCAAGAGGGACGGACUUAUCAAUGCUUUAGUGACAUCGUACGACGCGUACGAGGAGCUGCUGGGCAAGUCGCAGAAGGGGCUGGAGUUCUACCGCAAGCUGGCGCACAACGUGGCGCAGCUGCUGGCGCGGCUGCGCAGCACCUGCCAGGUGCAGCACGAGGAGCGCCAGCAGAUGCUCUCCAACCAGACCAAGCCUGCCAAUGUGGCACCGGCAAGUGCUUCAGUAGCGAAAACACCAGACCCCAUCCCCGUACCGCUGAGCACUACAGCCACGCCUAAACUUAAGGAUUAUCUGCCUUAUAUGAAGAACAGGGCUUUGACGAGAAGCCGUACUCCGCAAGCCCAAGUUGAUCCCUUACCAGCUGAGACAUAUUACCCAGAAACUAUUUAUCCUACAUCUGCGCGACCUGCACCUGUCGGAUCUGAAGCCACCGAUAUAACACCAAUGAGUUUACCUGAUGGAGUAAUAAUGCCUUCAGCUAUUCAUAAUGUACAAAAUCCUUACGGACGUUACAGCGCUCCGUACGCGCCAAGCGAAGUUGACCCUUACUCCGCUCAACAUACGUACGCAUAUCCCGCAGCAAGCAAACCUAAUACUGACAAGCCAGUAGACGACAUGUCCAAUUACAGCUACACUUCCUACACACCACCCCAGUACUCCAGCCAAAUGGCAGACCCACAAACUUACACCAACCCAUACUACUCCGCUACACAUAACAAUGCAACACUCGUCUCAGAUUCACAAAUUUCACUUAACUAUCAAAACAUUAAUCCAGCGAACACUAACGUACAACCUUAUAUGUACGAUCCCUACACACAAGCCAACCAAGCUGGACCCAUCCCAGAUAAUACAAUGUACAAUUCAGCUAAUCAAGAACAGUUGACAGCAAACUUUGCCCAAAUGCAAGUUACCGCACCAAUCAAUCAACAGAACAAAUCUGAAUCCACCAAUUUGCCUAACGAGUAUUCACAAACGUUUUACAGCAUGCAAUACCAACAUGUACCUUCAGCGAACAUGGCCACAUACAGCCAUGCACCACAGGACUCACAAACCAGCAGCGUCUCCUCCCAACUGCCUUCAGAAUACAGUUUAAAUUACAACUACACCGCGGAAAUGGGUAACCAAUACCCACAAACUGUUCAACCGAAUGUAUCGAAUGCGUUUGCCACGCAGUACUAUACGAGCGGGCAAGAUGCCGCAACUAUGCCACAGACAUACAUGUACACUAACGCGGAGAGUGCCGUCACAUCCACUACCUGUGUAGUCAGUGCACCCGUUACUGUCUCUAACCCUUACGUUCCUACUGACUCUAAUCCAGAGUACAACACUUCAAUGUCACAACUAGACGCAUUAGACAAACCUAUCAAGUCACACGUCACCGGAGAGGCAUUGUCCUCCAUGGACAUCCAAUCCAGUUAUCAGAAUUAUACAGCCGUAAAUCCCCCAAACGACCAAAACUAUCAAACAUCGAAUACUUACUAUCAAGAUCAAAAUUACCAAAACCAUCCCGGUUACACUUAUAACAGUUCCACCGGUAAUUACGACUACAAUUAUGGAUCACAAAAUUCCUAUACCAACUACGGAGGAGUCGAACAACCGAAUAUGGACUCUCAGUUAACUGCAAAAGAUCCAAAUUGGAAUCAACAAACGAUGUACACUAAUGCAGGAGUCUGUAACACAGUGCAGUCACCUUCAGACAAUCCUCAGAUACAACAGAUCUCUAAUGAACAGUCGAUAAACACUCAGAUUUACUACAAUCAUCCAUACGGAUAUCAGAAUACCCAAGUGCCUAAUACCAGUCAGCCAAAUGUCCCGCAACAGAACUUUCCAGAAGCAACUAAUUAUACUUCAGAGAUGAAUCACUCCACAUACAUGCAAUCGGGAGUUGUUCCCGAAACAAAUGUCACUUACACUGAUACCCAAGUGUCACCUAAAGAAAAAGAACCGAUCAAACAAAACAUCGACACGAACAAACAAAAUGCAACAGUAAAAACUGUCCCACCGGAGCCCGAAGUAAAAAAAACUGAAGUUAAACCAGAAAUAAAAACUGAACCGACGACAUUUGAUUUACUUUCUGAUAUUGAUUUCAAUGUGGAUUACAAGCCAUUAAUGCCUGAAAUAAAAGUGCCUCAAGUGUCUGAAAAGGUUGUUAUAAAACCAACAAUCGUGCCUAAAACAGAACCUAUAGUUAAACCAGUGCCUAAAAAGGAAAUAAUAGAAAGGCCGGCAAAACAAGAUAUAUUCUCAGAUCCGAGUUUGUUGAACAAAUUCACUCAAGAAGUAAAACAAUUACAAAACAUGACUGAUUCAUUGACGAAUACAAUCGCCGGCGGAGUUACGACUUUGGAUGCUAAAUGGAAAAUGUUACAAGAUAUUCAGAUGAAAGAAAAUAUGAGUCGUACGAAAACAGUUGCUAUGCAGCAUUGUGAAGGAAAUAUCGCGACUGCAGUUGUGCCUUUCGAUGAUUCUAGAGUGGUGCUCAAAUCUGACCCGGACGCGUACAUCAACGCUUCUUACUACAAGCAAUUGGCUCCAUGGUGUAUACCUCUAAUGAUUUCAAAAUGUCCGACGCAAAAUGAUGCUGGAACAUUCUGGAAGGCAAUUCUGGAAUACAAGAUUGUGUGCGUUGUUUGCUUACUGAGUGAGAUCGAGAUGCAAGGUUUAUCGUAUUGGCCAACAGCAAAGGGUCAAUUUCUUGAGUUUGCUGGUGUGAGGGUAAGCUUGGAAGAGGUAACGUGCACCGUGCACUGGACGGAGAGGAAGCUGGUCCUCAGCAAUGGGAAAACUGUCCUCAAUAUCACUCAUUACCAGAUCAACGUGUUUCCUGCUAAAAUAUCGUGCAGGCCGCUAGUGUUGUUGUGCGAGCGCGUGCUGGCGAGCACGUUCUCAGGCCGGCUGAGCAACCAGCUUGCGGGCGCGUGCCUGCAGUGCGGCGCGGGCGCGGGCCGCAGCGCGCUGCUCGCUGUCCUACUGCUCGCUAUGUGUCAAGUGCGCGCCGGUGACGUCACACUGUGCGAUAUGCUGGAUUCUGCAUGUAUAAACCUCUACAAGCAUCGCACCAACGUGCUGGAGGAUACCAAGUACUUGGCCGACGCGUACAAAACUGUACUCUUCUACGCGCAGGGCGUGCUCUGCUCCGGUACGACAAUGUUCAGCGGGGAAGCGGUAUCAGUGCAAAGCGGGGCAGGUGUACUACCCCGAGCUCCUACCGCGCCGGUAUCCACUAAUACCCCUACAGCUAGUGAUGCUACCGCUACCCGAGUACAGAAGUUCUCUCGGGAAUCCUUCGAAGAAAUGCGACAAUCUCCCGGCCUUAAGAGCGGGGAUAUGAAGGAUCCCCUUAACUUCUUGGACCCACUCUGGAGCCUCAAGAAAAAAUGAUAGUGUUUUUUUGACCAAAUAAAUGUGAUAGUGUUAUA